GCGCGGCGCCCUAUGAGCUUGGGGCCUCUGCGGGCCGGGCUGGGAGCGGGAGCCAAUGAGCGCAGUUCCAGAGGCAAUUGCUCUUGGAUCCUUCUGUUUACAAUGGCGCAGAGAAGUGGACUUGAAGAUCCAGAGAGGUAUCUCUUUGUGGACAGGGCUGUCAUCUACAACCCUGCCACACAGGCUGAUUGGACGGCGAAAAAGCUUGUGUGGAUUCCAUCAGAACGCCAUGGUUUUGAGGCUGCUAGUAUCAAAGAAGAGCGGGGAGAUGAAGUUAUGGUGGAGUUGGCAGAGAAUGGAAAGAAAGCAAUGGUCAACAAAGAUGAUAUUCAGAAGAUGAACCCACCUAAGUUUUCCAAGGUGGAGGAUAUGGCAGAAUUGACGUGCUUGAAUGAAGCUUCUGUUUUACAUAAUUUGAAGGAUCGUUACUAUUCAGGACUUAUCUAUACUUAUUCUGGACUCUUCUGUGUAGUCAUAAAUCCUUACAAGAAUCUUCCAAUUUACUCUGAGAAUAUUAUUGAAAUGUACAGAGGGAAGAAACGUCACGAGAUGCCUCCACACAUCUAUGCUAUAUCUGAGUCUGCUUACAGAUGCAUGCUUCAAGAUCGUGAGGACCAGUCAAUUCUUUGCACGGGCGAGUCGGGUGCCGGGAAGACGGAGAACACUAAGAAGGUCAUCCAGUACCUUGCUCACGUCGCUUCCUCACACAAAGGACGCAAGGACCAUAAUAUUCCUCAGGAAUCGCCUAAACCCGUGAAACACCAGGGGGAACUUGAACGGCAACUUUUGCAAGCCAAUCCAAUUCUGGAAUCGUUUGGAAAUGCGAAGACUGUGAAAAAUGAUAACUCAUCUCGUUUUGUAAAGCUGCAGUCAUCUGAAGACCUGAGGCUGGAGGAUCUUCUUCCAAGCUUACUACAUGGAAAAAGGACCAACUUAAUCCUUAACCGUCUUUGCUCAGACCUUCUGGAAAAAUCUCGUGCUGUUCGCCAAGCAAAAGAUGAGCGUACUUUUCAUAUCUUUUACCAGCUGCUAUCUGGAGCAGGAGAACACCUAAAGUCUGACUUGCUGCUUGAAGGAUUUAACAACUACAGAUUCCUCUCCAACGGUUAUAUUCCCAUUCCGGGACAGCAAGACAAAGAUAACUUCCAGGAGACGAUGGAAGCGAUGCAUAUAAUGGGCUUCUCCCAUGAAGAGAUUCUGUCUAUGCUUAAAGUAGUGUCUUCAGUGCUUCAGUUUGGAAACAUUUCUUUCAAAAAGGAGCGAAACACUGAUCAAGCUUCCAUGCCGGAAAAUACAGUUGCCCAGAAGCUGUGCCAUCUUCUUGGGAUGAAUGUGAUGGAGUUCACUCGGGCCAUCCUUACCCCCCGGAUCAAGGUCGGCCGAGACUACGUGCAGAAAGCCCAGACCAAAGAACAAGCGGACUUUGCAGUGGAAGCAUUGGCAAAAGCUACCUACGAGCGGCUCUUUCGCUGGCUCGUUCACCGGAUCAAUAAAGCUCUGGAUAGGACCAAGCGUCAGGGAGCAUCUUUCAUUGGAAUCCUGGACAUUGCUGGAUUUGAAAUUUUUGAGCUGAACUCCUUCGAGCAGCUGUGCAUCAACUACACGAACGAGAAGCUGCAGCAGCUGUUCAACCACACCAUGUUCAUCCUGGAGCAGGAGGAGUACCAGCGCGAGGGCAUCGAGUGGAACUUCAUCGACUUCGGGCUCGACCUGCAGCCGUGCAUCGACCUGAUAGAGAGGCCUGCCAACCCUCCCGGUGUGCUUGCCCUUUUGGAUGAGGAGUGCUGGUUCCCGAAAGCCACAGAUAAAACCUUUGUUGAAAAACUAGUUCAAGAGCAAGGUUCCCACUCCAAGUUCCAGAAACCCCGGCAGCUGAAAGACAAAGCUGACUUUUGCAUCAUACACUACGCAGGGAAGGUGGACUACAAGGCGGACGAGUGGCUGAUGAAGAACAUGGACCCCCUGAACGACAACGUGGCCACGCUGCUGCACCAGUCCUCGGACAGAUUUGUGGCCGAGCUCUGGAAGGAUGAGAUUCAGAAUAUUCAGAGAGCUUCUUUCUAUGACAGUGUUUCUGGUCUUCAUGAGCCACCAGUGGAUCGGAUUGUGGGCCUGGAUCAAGUCACUGGUAUGACGGAGACAGCUUUUGGCUCUGCCUAUAAAACCAAGAAGGGCAUGUUUCGUACCGUCGGCCAGCUCUACAAAGAGUCUCUCACCAAGCUGAUGGCGACUCUCCGCAACACCAACCCCAACUUCGUUCGCUGCAUCAUUCCAAACCACGAGAAGCGGGCUGGGAAACUGGACCCGCACCUCGUGCUGGACCAGCUGCGCUGCAACGGUGUGCUGGAAGGCAUCCGCAUCUGCCGCCAGGGCUUCCCCAACCGGAUCGUGUUCCAGGAGUUCCGGCAGAGGUAUGGGCCGCGCGCUCACCUUUUCCACGUGCCUCGCAGCAUGAGUGUGUGGCUGUUGGUCCCACGGCUUGUGCAGUGUCUCCGUAUGCUGACUGCCUCCCUAGAUGGCAUCUCUCCUCAUCUGUCCACAAGCUUGUGCUGCUGCACUCACUGUGUCUCGCCUUCCCUGCUGGAGAGUGGGUUUGACUCGUUGUCCUCUUCCUCUUUAUGUUCACCAGUGGAUCGGAUUGUGGGCCUGGAUCAAGUCACUGGUAUGACGGAGACAGCUUUUGGCUCUGCCUAUAAAACCAAGAAGGGCAUGUUUCGUACCGUCGGCCAGCUCUACAAAGAGUCUCUCACCAAGCUGAUGGCGACUCUCCGCAACACCAACCCCAACUUCGUUCGCUGCAUCAUUCCAAACCACGAGAAGCGGGCUGGGAAACUGGACCCGCACCUCGUGCUGGACCAGCUGCGCUGCAACGGUGUGCUGGAAGGCAUCCGCAUCUGCCGCCAGGGCUUCCCCAACCGGAUCGUGUUCCAGGAGUUCCGGCAGAGAUACGAGAUCCUCACUCCAAAUGCUAUUCCUAAAGGCUUUAUGGAUGGCAAACAGGCUUGUGAACGAAUGAUCCGGGCUUUAGAAUUGGACCCAAAUUUGUACAGAAUUGGACAGAGCAAGAUAUUUUUCCGAGCUGGAGUUUUGGCACAUUUAGAGGAAGAACGGGAUUUAAAAAUUACCGACAUCAUUAUCUUCUUCCAGGCCGUUUGCAGAGGUUACCUAGCGAGAAAGGCCUUUGCCAAGAAGCAGCAGCAGCUCAGCGCCCUGAAGGUCCUGCAGCGGAACUGCGCCGCGUACCUGAAGCUGCGGCACUGGCAGUGGUGGCGCGUCUUCACGAAGGUGAAGCCGCUCCUGCAAGUCACUCGCCAAGAGGAAGAACUUCAGGCCAAAGAUGAAGAGCUGCUGAAGGUGAAGGAGAAGCAGACCAAGGUGGAAGGGGAGCUGGAGGAGAUGGAGAGGAAGCACCAGCAGCUCUUAGAAGAGAAGAACAUCCUUGCAGAGCAACUGCAGGCGGAGACUGAGCUCUUUGCUGAGGCAGAAGAGAUGAGAGCCAGACUCGCUGCUAAGAAGCAGGAGCUGGAAGAGAUUCUGCAUGACUUGGAGUCGAGGGUGGAAGAAGAAGAAGAAAGAAACCAAAUCCUCCAAAAUGAAAAGAAAAAAAUGCAAGCGCAUAUUCAGGACCUGGAGGAGCAGCUGGACGAGGAAGAAGGGGCCCGGCAGAAGCUGCAGCUGGAGAAGGUGACGGCCGAGGCGAAAAUCAAGAAGAUGGAGGAGGAGAUUCUGCUUCUUGAGGACCAAAACUCCAAAUUUAUCAAAGAAAAGAAACUCAUGGAGGAUCGCAUUGGUGAGUGCUCCUCUCAGCUGGCUGAAGAGGAAGAAAAGGCAAAAAACUUGGCCAAAAUCAGGAAUAAGCAAGAAGUGAUGAUCUCGGAUUUAGAAGAACGCUUAAAGAAGGAAGAGAAGACCCGUCAGGAGCUGGAAAAGGCCAAGAGGAAACUGGACGGCGAGACGACUGACCUGCAGGACCAGAUCGCUGAGCUGCAGGCCCAGAUCGACGAGCUCAAGGUGCAGCUGGCCAAGAAGGAGGAGGAGCUGCAGGGCGCGCUGGCCAGGGGCGACGAUGAGACGCUGCACAAGAACAACGCCCUGAAGGUGGUGCGGGAGCUGCAAGCCCAGAUCGCCGAGCUGCAGGAGGACUUUGAAUCCGAGAAGGCUUCACGGAACAAGGCAGAGAAGCAGAAACGGGACCUGAGUGAGGAGCUGGAGGCUCUGAAAACCGAGCUGGAGGACACGCUGGACACCACCGCCGCCCAGCAGGAGCUCCGUACAAAACGUGAACAGGAAGUGGCGGAGCUGAAGAAGGCUCUUGAGGAAGAAACUAAGAACCAUGAAGCUCAGAUCCAGGACAUGAGGCAGAGACACGCGUCGGCCCUGGAGGAGCUGUCGGAGCAGCUGGAGCAGGCCAAGCGGUUCAAAGCAAAUCUGGAGAAGAACAAGCAGGGCCUGGAGACAGACAACAAGGAGCUGGCGUGUGAGGUGAAGGUGCUGCAGCAGGUCAAGGCCGAGUCUGAGCACAAGAGGAAGAAACUGGAUGCCCAGGUCCAGGAGCUCCACGCCAAGGUCUCCGAGGGCGACCGGCUCCGCGUGGAACUGGCCGAGAAAGCGAACAAACUGCAGAAUGAACUGGAUAACGUCUCCUCUCUCCUGGAAGAAGCGGAGAAGAAGGGCAUUAAAUUUUCUAAGGAUGCAGCUAGUCUUGAGUCUCAACUGCAGGACACACAGGAGCUUCUUCAGGAAGAAACACGCCAGAAGCUGAACCUGAGCAGCCGGAUUCGCCAGCUGGAGGAGGAGAAGAACAGCCUGCAGGAGCAGCAGGAGGAGGAGGAGGAGGCCAGGAAGAACCUGGAGAAGCAAGUGCUGGCCCUGCAGUCCCAGUUGACUGACACAAAGAAGAAAGUAGAUGAUGACUUGGGAACAAUUGAAAGUUUGGAAGAAGCCAAAAAGAAGCUUCUGAAAGACGGGGAGGCGCUGAGCCAGCGCCUGGAGGAAAAGGCGCUGGCCUACGACAAGCUGGAGAAGACCAAGAACCGCCUGCAGCAGGAGCUGGACGACCUGAUGGUGGACCUGGACCACCAGCGCCAGAUCGUCUCCAACCUAGAGAAGAAGCAGAAGAAGUUUGACCAGUUGCUGGCAGAAGAGAAGAACAUCUCUGCUCGCUACGCGGAAGAGCGGGACCGCGCGGAAGCGGAGGCCAGAGAGAAAGAAACCAAAGCCCUGUCGCUGGCCCGCGCCCUCGAGGAGGCCCUGGAGGCCAAGGAGGAGUUCGAGAGGCAGAACAAGCAGCUCCGGGCAGACAUGGAAGACCUGAUGAGCUCCAAGGACGACGUGGGCAAGAAUGUUCAUGAACUUGAAAAAUCCAAGCGGGCCCUGGAGCAGCAGGUGGAAGAAAUGAGGACCCAGCUGGAAGAGCUGGAGGACGAGCUCCAGGCAACGGAGGACGCCAAGCUGCGCCUGGAGGUCAACAUGCAGGCCAUGAAGGCCCAGUUCGAGAGAGACUUGCAGACCAGGGACGAGCAGAAUGAAGAGAAAAAGCGGCUGCUGAUUAAGCAGGUGCGGGAGCUCGAGGCAGAGCUGGAGGACGAGCGGAAGCAGCGCGCGCUUGCUGUUGCUUCAAAGAAGAAAAUGGAAAUAGACUUGAAGGACCUUGAAUCUCAAAUUGAGGCUGCAAACAAGGCUAGGGAUGAAGUCAUCAAGCAGCUUCGUAAACUUCAGGCUCAGAUGAAGGAUUACCAGCGUGAGUUAGAAGAAGCUCGUGCCUCCAGGGAUGAGAUUUUUGCUCAAUCCAAAGAGAGUGAAAAGAAAUUAAAGAGUCUAGAAGCGGAAAUCCUUCAAUUGCAGGAGGAACUUGCCUCGUCCGAGCGAGCCCGCCGACAUGCUGAGCAAGAAAGAGACGAGCUGGCGGAUGAGAUCGCCAACAGCGCCUCUGGCAAGUCUGCUCUGCUGGAUGAGAAGCGGCGCCUGGAGGCACGAAUCGCACAGCUCGAGGAGGAGCUGGAGGAGGAGCAGAGCAACAUGGAGCUGCUCAACGACCGCUUCCGCAAGACCACGCUCCAGGUGGACACACUGAAUGCAGAGCUGGCGGCCGAGCGCAGUGCUGCCCAGAAGAGCGACAAUGCGCGCCAGCAGCUGGAGCGGCAGAACAAAGAGCUGAAGGCCAAGCUGCAGGAGCUAGAGGGUGCUGUCAAGUCCAAGUUUAAGGCCACCAUCUCGGCCCUGGAAGCCAAGAUUGGGCAGCUGGAGGAGCAGCUUGAGCAGGAGGCCAAGGAACGAGCAGCAGCCAACAAACUGGUCCGACGAACGGAGAAGAAACUGAAAGAAAUCUUCAUGCAGGUUGAAGAUGAGCGUCGACAUGCAGAUCAGUAUAAAGAACAGAUGGAGAAGGCCAAUGCCAGGAUGAAGCAGCUUAAACGGCAGCUGGAGGAAGCGGAAGAAGAGGCUACACGUGCCAAUGCAUCUCGGCGUAAACUCCAGCGGGAACUGGAUGACGCCACCGAGGCCAACGAGGGGCUGAGCCGCGAGGUCAGCACCCUGAAGAACCGGCUGAGGCGAGGCGGCCCAAUUAGCUUCUCUUCGAGCCGAUCUGGCCGGCGCCAGCUGCACAUCGAAGGGGCUUCCCUGGAGCUGUCAGACGAUGACACCGAAAGCAAGACCAGUGAUGUCAAUGAGACACAGCCACCCCAGUCGGAGUAGGGUCACCGGAAGCCAGUGGAGGCAAUACAGCAGGACACGAAGGAACGCACCCGGCACCAGCCUGCCUCGGGCCUCCUACAGUUAGGAAGUUGGCAAGC